ACUUACAGCAAAGCUACUUUCAAUAUGCAGCUCCGCGUGUUUAGAAACUGCAGCAGAAUGAAGUGUGUCGCUGGCUGUUUGCCGUAGUGCUGUGACGUAAGCGGAAGGAGUUUUGAGAAAACAAGCAUGGAAGCGGCAGGAAAGAUUCGAGCCUCGAAAUCAAAGAAGAAAGGGGGGAAAGGAACCCAGGUGAUUUCAGCAGCGGAUGAGGCGAGGAAGAGGGAAGCUAUUAAAGAGGCACUCGGACAGAAGCUAGACUUGGAGCGCAAAGCCCUGCAGGUGGUUGAGCGGCUGCUGGAGGACAGUGUGACAGAGGAGUUCCUCAUAGACUGUGCUUGGCACAUCACUCCUGCCAACUACAAAGACACAGUGGAAGAAAGGUGCAUUGCUAAACUGUGUGGAUAUCCUAGGUGUCCAAAUAAACUAAAUAACAUACCCACUCAACAGUUUAAAAUAUCCACCAAAACUAACAGAGUCUAUGAUAUUACAGAGCGCAAGAGGUUUUGCAGUAAUUUCUGCUACAAAGCCUCCAAAUGCUUUGAGCUCCAGAUAUCAAAAACCCCACUUUGGCUUAGAAAGGAGGAGAGGCCUCCUGAAGUUAAGCUGAUGAAAGAAGGAGAGAGCGGGAGCUCUGGACAAGAAAUACAGUUGGUAGACAAGCCUUUGACAGAAGCUGACAUUGAGAAUCCUGUCCCAGAUGUUCCUGAAUCUCACAAGGACUCCCCUCCCUUCAGCCAGAGUGACAAUAGUGACGUUGAGCAAGACUUUGUCUCCAGUGUGGUGUCCACACAGCAAAAACAUGCGAGGGUACACUGGGGAAAACUGCCAAAGAGGGAUGGAGUGAGUGAGGACAGGUUGAGUGCUGAAAUUAAGCAAUAUGCACAUCCUGAACCUACAGAAACACUCAAUGGAGAAAAUGAUGAAAGUGGAUCUUCAGAAACUCCUCAACCUCAGACGGAUGCAACUGCUUGUCUGUCUAUGCCAAAUAAAACCACAUCUGCUGGAUCUGAUGUUGAAGGAACUCUGAAGCUUUUGAAUCAGUGUAGUCUGAAGGACACUACAACCCAACAGGAAACUAACCUUCCUUCACAGCCUGAGAUUGGAAACUCCACCCCUCCCUCUAGUGGUCUCAACAUCACUCAGGUGAGCAUGAGUAAGAGAGGAGCUGCAGGUCUCAAAGGCUUGUUGAAGGACCAUAACAAAGCUAAAACAGCAACUACAACCAUCAGUUUGUGCCUGCUAGAGCAUCUUCGACAAACCUUUAUGGAGUGGAGAACUGAGGAAACCAUGAAGUUUCUUUAUGGGCCUGAUUAUGCCUCUGGAACAGGGGUUUCUGCACAGGAAGUGGAAGAACUGGAUGAAGACGACCUGGAUGAGGCUGAGGUAGAAGUGAGCUUGAGACAGAACAGUGGAAGUUCUUCCAAACCCAGUGCUUCAGCUCCUGAUUAUAAAACUCUGCGGAAGGAGACAGAGUUGCUGGAGCUGAGAGUGAGAGAGUUUUACAAAGGAGCAUAUGUUCUGCCUGAAGAGGUCAAGACAGAUGUAAUCAAAAACACUCCAGACACACAGGACAGUGGGAAGGACCCUCCUCUGCCCUUGGUUGAUUCUCAGGCUCAGCAGCUGAUUCAGAAACGCAUUGCUGUGGAGAAACUCAGCCAGAGCUUGAGAGAUGUCGUGGGACCCCUGCGUCUAACGAUGAGUGAUGUAAUCAAUGACAUAAAUAAUUUGGUCAGGACAUUCAGGUUUACAAACACUAAUAUCAUUCACAAAAGGCCAGAAUGGACAUUAAUUGCUGUGGUUCUUCUGUCAGUAUUAACAGAAGUGUCCCCAUUGCUAAGAGAGUCACUGGCAAGUCCAUCUUCAUUGGAGUACAUCUCCUCUCUCAUGAGCGAGUUGAAACUGGAGGACAAAGAUCUACACAAUCUCAUGCUGCUCUUCAAACCCUGUGUUACUCCACAAACAUAAUGUACCACACACAUUUAGAGUUGAUAUUAAAAGCCUACCUGAAACAAUGA